CAUGUCAUUUUAUCAUUCAUAUUUAGUUUAUUCACUAUUCAUUAAGUAUAAAAGGAAUUAACUUAAAAAAUUAUAUAUAAAAAUUAAUUGAAAUAUAAAAUAUCAUUGAAAAUGUUCCGUAAUCAGUAUGAUAGCGAUGUUACUGUUUGGAGUCCGCAAGGUCGUCUACAUCAAGUGGAAUAUGCCAUGGAAGCAGUUAAACUUGGUUCAGCUACAGUUGGAUUAAAGAAUACGGAUUAUGCUGUAUUAGUAGCUUUGAAAAGAGCAUCAUCUGAACUUUCUUCGUACCAAAAAAAAAUUAUUCCAAUAGACGAUCAUUUAGGAAUUUCUAUAGCUGGUAUUACAGCGGAUGCCAGGGUGUUAAGUUGUUAUUUGCGUAGCCAAUGCUUGCACUAUAAGUACACGUACGAUACCUAUUACCCCGUGGCACGAUUAAUUUUAGAUUUGGGUAAUAAAAUGCAAAUAACAACUCAGCGUUAUGACCGUCGUCCUUAUGGUGUAGGAUUGCUUGUAGGAGGUUACGAUGAUAAAGGUUCCCAUAUUUAUCAAGUGCUUCCAUCAGCAAAUUAUUUUGACUGUAAAGCUAUGUCUAUUGGAUCACGAUCUCAGAGUGCCCGAACUUAUUUGGAAAGACACCUUAACGAUUUUCUUGAUUGUUCAAAGGACGACUUAAUUUGCCAUGGAAUUCAAGCUUUGCGUGGUUCAUUGCCAAAUGAAGAUCUAUUGUCUAAAGAUGAGGUGUCUCCACUUUUAAAUAUAUCAAUUGCUAUUGUUGGCAAAGAUCAACCGUUUAAAAUUUUAGAUGAUAAUGAAAGCCGUCACUAUAUGUCUCUGACGAAAUCCAAAACCCCAAAAGCUGCAGCUACUCGCCCUGAUGAUGAUGACGAUGACGAUACACCAGCACCUAUAGCCAAGGACAAUGAGGAUCCUCCCCACGGCCCUAGCGACUCAAUUCCACUUGUAGCUAUGGAGACAUAAAGGUACGCUAAAGGAAAAUAGUUUUUGAAUAUAUUUUGAAACUAAAUUGGAACAUCAACUUAUUGAAUAAACAUUUUUAUUUUGAACUAACAAA